CUCAUCUCUUCCAAAGCCUCCCUUCUCACUCUUAUGGGGCUAUCCACUCAUUCCUGAGCACAAAUCUCGCCCCAGUUCUUCCGGCAUGACUAGACUUCAGGUCUACGUGGCGGGCUCUGCCCUCCUUGCCAAUGUCGUCCUCCUGCGCGCGUACUACGAGCGACCCAACUUCUACUCGGCCGCCGUUUAUAUCUCGCAGAGCACCGGCUCUCUGAUGUUCCUCAUCAACCUUGCACUCAUCAUCACCGCAAGCAUAGGAUAUGGGCUUCAGCGCCUGUUCUAUGGCCACCUCCGCCCAAUCGAGACUGAACAACUUUACGAUAAGGCAUGGUUUGCCGUCAGCGAAACCCUGCUCGCAAUGACAAUUUUCCGGGACGACAUUGGACCCUGGUUCUUCGCUAUGUUUCUGUGCCUUCUUGGAGGGAAGGUAUGGCAAUGGAUAGGCGAAGGGCGAGUUGAGUUUCUCGAGCAGCAGCCGCCUGCGAAUCCCCGCCUGUUCCACACCCGCUUGAUGAGCUCCCUCCUUCUCUCAGUUGGAUUCGACAUAUUCAUGAUGCAGUACUGUGUCGACUCUAUACUACAGGACGCUCGUCCUGGCGUUAUGGUGAUGUUUGGGUUCGAGUAUGUGCUCCUGGCUAUCGCAUCCAUCUCGACCUUGCUUCGUUACACGCUCUCGCUUGUCGAGCUAGUCAUCAUUCGCCGCCAGGAAACAGCAUUGUUUGAAGCUCGAAGGGUAGCAAGGGAAUCAGCCAGGCAGCAAGCUACAGAGCAGGCUACAGAGCAAGCUGAAGAACAAGCUACUGAAAGUGAAGGGGCUCCUGCACCUGCCGCUGAAGAGGAUGAUGACGACGGAGACGUCCUAGGAUGGGAAGAGAAGGGUCGUUGGGUAUUUUACCUUGAUCUCACUACAGACUUCAUUAAGUCUAUCGUCUAUCUGGGGUUCUUUAUGAUUCUCAUGGCCUUUUACGGCAUCCCCAUCCAUAUCAUGAGGGACCUCUUUAUCACUAUCCGCUCUUUCAUUAAGAGAAUCAACGAUUUCGUUCAAUAUAGAAAUGCAACCCGAGACAUGAACGCCCGCUACCCCGAUGCUACGGCAGAGGAAUUGGCUCGAGAAAAUACAUGCAUCGUUUGUCGGGAGGAGAUGCGACCCUGGGUCCAACCCGGAGCGGACGCUACUCAAGCUGGUCGCCGCGUUGAUGAGCGCCAGAGACCGAAGAAGCUGCCAUGUGGGCACAUCCUCCACUUCCACUGUCUGAGAAGCUGGCUUGAGAGGCAGCAAGUUUGUCCUACGUGCCGUCGACCGGUCCUCGCAGAAGCAGCAGCGCAAAGCACCCAGCAGAACAACCGGGCAAAUCAGGGCCAGCAGAAUCAACAGAAUCAACCCGGGCUUGGGCUUAAUCGCUUGUUCCCCGGUAAUCAGGGUAACCAACCGCAGCGUCAAGGUGGACUCCAAGGCCAGCAAGAACAACAGGGCGGCCAACAAAAUCGACCAGGAGGCAACAUGCGUGUUUUCAACUUCGGCCCCAUUCGCAUUGCUCUCGGGAAUUUGCGACUGCCGGCCGACCAGCAGGGCAACGUUAACAACAUCAAUAAUAAUAACGCCAUUGCGAACCUUGCCCAACACCUCGCUCAAGGUCAAGGCCAAGGCCAAAAUCAAAUUGCGAACCAUCCCCCGAACCAAGGCGUUCCUCAACUCCCUCAUCUCAAUCUCCAAGGCACGCAGAUGCCGGGUCCUUUCACGCACAACCCUGCAGACAUACAAUCAGACAUCUUACGGCUGCAACAAAACAUUAUCACAUCACUUCAUCAACUGAACGCCCAACAUGAUCAGCUCGAAUAUAUUCAUGCUCUUCUCAGUGAGCUUCACCGCCUCCAGCAAGCCUCUGGUAUAACUGCGGCCAAUGGUCAGGAACUCCCUAUUAUUGCACCGAUGAGUUCAGCUUACGGACUCGCUCCAAUGACUCCCCAAGCGUACUUUACCAAUGGGCCAAUUCUAAGACAAGGCGAUACGGGAUUGCCAGAUGGACUAGUGUUGCCUGAAGGAUGGACGUUGCGGCCAUUAGCACGUGCUCCUCAACCUACCAAUCAGGAUACUCAGAUACCGGCGCUAUCAUACGAAGGAGGCCAGUCAGCGCCAGGAGUAGUGCCACCAGUCACCCUACCUCCGUUCUCAACAGCAAAUUUCCAACCACAAGCACACCACUACCAACAGCCCAGGCCCUCUUCAUCUGGAGUACCCGCGCCUUCGAGUGCCGUGGCCGGUCCAUCAUCAAAGCCGGCCGAGCCUAGUUCCCUUGAAUCGAGCUGGAGCUUUGGUAAUGCUGCUGGGUCCAACGAAGGUGAAGCUACCAGUUCUGCGGUCGCGGGAAGCAGUUCGGAAGGGCAGAACGUAACGAGGCGCACGGCUACAGUUGAGGAGGCCGAAGAUGGUGGGCAGUGAGGCUGUGUUUCUUUGAGCGGCUUCCUGGAUUUAGCAUAGCGAGGUGUUUUGGGACAGUCAUUUUGGCAGGUACCUCUGGUGAGGCCUGAUUCCGUUCAAUCAACUCUUAGAGGGUCUUUU